CCAGUGUACACAUCAUGCACAUAUUUAAUGGAUUUGUCAUAAGGCGCUAACAACAAAACGCAACGAUAAGAAUAGGAAACACAACCAUAAAAAUAAUUAUGGAGGAAUGUUUAUGAGCAUGGCACCUACAUCCCCAUUUAUCUUGUUUGAAGAAAAAUUGAUGGAAGUCAUCAAAAAAACACCAAAGACAUCACCCCUGGAGAUAUAUAUUUUAAAAAUAUAUCUGGAAAUGAAAACAGAAACUGACAUUGUUCAGGAAGUAGGAACCAAGUAUGACAGUCCCCCUCUAGAUGAGAAGGACAGUUGUGGACAGAAUUCAAGGAAAAGGAAAGAAAAGAAUAGACUUUACACCUGGAUAAAAAAUUUCAUAACAAGAAAGACGUGUGCAACUGUGGAAUCUUUUAAAGAAAAAUGGACCAGAUUUGCAGAUGCAAAUCCAUCUGUGGUGAUGCAGUACGUCAUAAGUAGGCCCAGGGUAAUAGAACAACUGCAAUGCAUUUUGGACUCUGAUUCAGAGAAAGAGUUAGAAAUAGACAGAGAAGAAGAUAGAAAUACUCAGAUGGAAGGUGUAGAGGCAGAAGAAGAUUUUGAGAGGGAACAGUUCAUCGAUUCAGAAGAGAAUAUUAUCAAUGAAGAAGAGGAUCUACCAACAAUGGAAACUCCAAUUUCCUAUCCAAAAAGGAAAAGAAUUCCUAGAAAAAUAUAUACUCCAAGCAGCAGUAAAGUAGCUGAAAAGCAAGAAAACAAGAAAAAAGUUGUAUCACUCAAAACUGGCAAGAGAAAAAGGAAGGCUCCUUCAACUUUCACACCAAGUGAUUGGUUUGUCUUAGGUACAAAGAAUGUUGCAGAUGAGGCGAACUUUGUAAUCAUGGAUUACCCUAUGUUUUAGCAAGGCACAUUCACUGAUCAUACAAGGUUAGUGCCCUGAGGGGCAUUUCUAGAAUUAUACAGGCCCUGGAGAUAGUUUUUGAUUUGAAGGAGAAUUCAAUUUGUGUUUCUUUGGACAUCUAUAACAGCAUCCUGUUACAAUUAUAUCUUCUUAGGUUUUGCUCUUUUGAUAUAAAUUACAUGAGUUAAAAAGUAGUCUUAGAUUUAGAGUGCACUUAUUGGCAGUUAUAUGCAUGUAUUACUUUUGCUUAUAUAAAGAGGUUUAUAGCAUUGUAUAUGAAAAUCUCUGUUAAUAUCGACCUACAGGGGAUGCAUGAUGCCUUGAU